UAUAGUGUAUAAUAUAUAUAAAUAUAUUUCUAUAAAUGAUAUAUAAUAAAUAUAUAAUGAUUUAUAUAUUUAUAUAAAUGAUAAAAACAAAACGCUACCUCUAACUCUGUAGGGACUACAUGAUGUAUAAUAAUGAACAAUUAUCACAGCAUCUGAGAGAGAGUAGUUUUGACUCAGUGAAAUGUGUCAUUGCAGGACUUACUGAAGGGGCAAGCUGCUUCAUUCAGGCCACCAUGCUGUCCGUUGGUAAUUCCACUCCUCCAAGUUUCUUCCUGACUGGAGUGCCAGGGCUGGAAGCUUUUCACAUCUGGCUUUCCAUCCCAUUUUGCUGCCUCUGUGUGAUCGCCCUCUUGGGGAACAGCACCAUUCUAUAUGCGGUGAUCACAGACUCCAGCCUCCACGAGCCCAUGUACUACUUCCUCUCCUUGCUCUCCACCACAGACAUAGGCAUCACUGCUUCCUCUCUCCCCACCACGCUGGGUGUCCUCUGGUUCAAUGCCAGGAUCAUCAGCCUGGAUGCCUGCAUUGUGCAGAUGUUCUUUCUGCAUGGAUUCACCCUCAUGGAAUCCUCUGUGCUUUUGGCCAUGGCUUUUGACUGCUUUGUUGCCAUCUGCAACCCCCUAAGGUACGCUGUGAUUCUCACCAGCUCUAGAAUCAUCAAAGCUGCCGUGGUGAUUUUUGUGCGAAUGCUGGUCAACUUGAUGCCCUUGCUCCUGCUGCUUAAGAGGCUGUCCUUCUGUGGUUCUAACAUGCUUUCUCACUCCUAUUGCUACCACCCUGAUGUGAUUAAGUGUUCUUGCUCAAGUAUCAAGGUCAACAGCAUCUGUGGCUUAGUUGCUCUCAUUCUGACAUCAGGUAUAGAUAUUCCGUGUAUUUUCCUCUCUUAUGUGCUGAUCAUCAAGUCUAUCCUCAGCAUAGCCUCCCCAGAGGAGAGGAAAAGGGCUUUUGGCACCUGCAUCUCACACCUGGGUGCUGUUGCUAUCUUCUACGUCCCCUGGGUCAUCUUGGCUUUGGUCCAUCGCUUUGGGCAUAAUGCUCCUCCGUACGUCCACACCCUGAUGUCAAAUCUCCAUUUCUUAUUCCCCCCAGUGCUGAACCCCAUUAUAUAUAGUGUGAAGACCAAACAAAUCCGUAAAGCUUUCCGCAAGUUCUUUCCAAACACUGGGUAGCCAGUAUGACCACGCAAUGACCUAGAGAUAGUCUUGCUUCCUUCCUCUCUUCCCUCAACAUUUUAUUGAGUAACAGUGGAAUUUGUCUGAGUGGUGGUAAUACAAGGUUACAUAAGGGACCGUCCUUGUCCUUUCAGAUAGUUUGUGCGGUCUAGUGGCAGGGACAUAAAAUUAAAACUGUAAUGACAACAGGGAAUGAGAAGUGUGAUCACAGAAUUAUAUCCAAGAGACUAUAUGGCACUGAAGAAAAUAUCGAGAUCAUACUGGAGAUUAAAAAAUUGUCAGGGGAGAUAACUACUUAAACAAAAAAAGUGAUGCAAUACAUAAAAAUAUAAGGGCCUUCCAGACCUAGGGCACAGGGCUGUGAAGUGGGUAUGUGAGACAGCCUGACACACCAAGGAAAUUUAUGCAGUUAGUAUGGCUGGAGUAAGGGGUGUGUGUGAUAUUGAAAAGGGUAAGAAAGGCUAUAAAAUAACCUUUGUGUGGAGUUCCUGCUGUGGCCCAGUGGCUUAAGGAUCUGGUGUUGUCUCUGCAGCAGUUCGGGUCACUGAUAAGGUGCUGGUUUGAUCCCUGACCAAGCACAGUGGAUUAAGGAUCCAGCAU